AUGUCUCAAGAUAGUGGCACUCCCUUGGUCAGCGAGAUGAAAUCUACCGCUAUGGCCACCAACAGUCAGAUUGACUCCUCGGCGCAUCCGGGCUAUGGCGACGCAGGUCACGGAGGUAGUACUCCUGGCUCCAGCCGGUCAAGUCGGAGUCUGGACAAGCGCAUGGAGUUCCGUCAACGGGUAGGGAUCAAACCAGAAACCGGCGAUUUGCCGGAGCAAUUCCUCUUCCGCAACCGCCUCGAAAAAGCAUACAAGGACCAAACCCGUUUCUAUUACAUCGUCAUGUGCGUCUCGCACGGCAUGCUCUGGCUUCAGAUCGGCAUUGGCGCCAGCGUCACCGCCCUUGGGACCACGAAUUCAAACGCCGCGAGAAUCGCCAUAACCGUGCUGGGAGCCGUCAACACCGUGAUCGCCGGCUUCCUGACGUUCCUCAAGAGCAGGAACCAGCCGAACAGGGCGUUGCAGUUCAGGAACGGUCUGCGAGGCGUGUACGAAGAUCUGUGGCAGAUCGAUGCGGAGAUGCUGAGUGGUAGGGCAGACAUCGACGUGGAUCAAAAGGUGGACGAUUUGUGGAAGAAGUACAAGGAGGUCACGGCCGAGGCGGAGGCAAACUACCCGGAUCUCUGGGUCAGUCUGGGCAAGCUGAUCAAGCCCGCCGACGGGGACAAGCAUCCCAGCACCCAGUUAAAAGACGUCUCGCCGGGAGAGGACGAUGAGGAACGGAAAAAGCCCUCGCGCGAGGUUUUGAUGCCGAAGACAGGGGCUUGA